AUGUCUCAAGCGGGCCCGUCGAAGACACCGAAGGCGAAAAAGUUGGGGAAGGGGAAGAAAAAUGUUGUCACAUCACCAAAGCUGAAGAAGAUUUCGGACGCACAAGCUAUCGAGGUUUUGGAGCAGGCUGCCUUGCAAUUUGAUGCUUCAGCUAAUCUGAAGGCGUUUGCAGAUCUUCCUAUCUCCAGCCAGACUAAACGAGGUUUGAAGAAAGCGUUCUUCGUGGACAUGACCGAUAUACAAGCCAAGAGCGUUCCGGUCUCGCUCAAGGGCAAAGACGUUCUAGGUGCUGCUCGUACGGGAAGUGGGAAGACUCUCGCAUUCCUCAUCCCUGUGCUCGAGAUCCUGUACAGGCGGAAAUGGGGACCUCAAGACGGGCUUGGCGCAUUGAUAAUAUCACCAACGCGUGAACUUGCAGUCCAAAUAUUUGAUGUGCUACGUUCUAUUGGUGGCUAUCAUAGCUUUUCGGCGGGUUUGGUCAUCGGAGGUAAAAAUCUUAAAGAUGAGAGAGAUCGUCUUUCACGGAUGAAUAUUCUUGUUGCCACCCCUGGGCGUUUACUUCAGCAUAUGGACCAAACAAUUGGCUUUGAGUGUGAUAACCUGCAAGUGCUCGUAUUGGACGAGGCCGAUCGUAUUCUGGACAUGGGCUUCUCCCGCACACUUUCCGCGCUGCUCUCCCACCUCCCUAAGUCGCGUCAAACCUUACUAUUCUCUGCCACGCAGACACAGUCGGUUUCAGAUCUUGCACGGCUCAGUCUCAAGGACCCGGUAUACAUCGGAGUGCAAGAGGCGAAUACCGAAGGGGCUACGCCCAGCAGCCUCGAGCAGCACUACGUCGUCUGCGAGCUGGACAAGAAGCUGGAUAUUCUGUGGAGCUUCAUCAAGAGCCAUUUGCAGAGUAAGGUGCUUGUGUUCCUGUCUAGCUGCAAGCAAGUGCGUUUCGUGUUCGAGGUGUUCUGCAGGAUGCAUCCUGGCGUACCACUGCUGCAGUUACACGGGAAGCAAAAGCAGAUGACGCGACUCGCGACGUUUCAUCGCUUCACGUCCAUGAAGAAUGCGGUUCUGCUAGCGACGGAUAUCGCUGCACGUGGUCUUGACUUUCCCUCGGUUGAUUGGGUCCUGCAGGUCGACGCACCCGAGGAUGCGGAGACGUAUAUCCACCGCGUGGGUCGUACUGCCCGGUAUGAGAGGGCGGGCAAGGGUUUGCUUUUAUUGGUUCCGAGCGAGGAAGAGGGCAUGAGAGAGGCGUUGGCGAAGAAAAAUAUCAAGGUGGACAAAAUCAAGAUUAAGGCGAGCAAGACACAGAAUAUCGAGAACCAACUGCAGAACCUCGCAUUCCAGGAUCCAGAGAUCAAGUAUCUCGGCCAGCGUGCCUUCGUAUCCUAUUUACGAUCCGUUUACCUACAAAAGGAAAAGUCCAUUUUCAAGGUGGGCGAACUUCCGGCCGAGCGUUUUGCGCAGGCGCUAGGGUUACCAGGGAUGCCUAAAAUCAAAUUCUUAAGCAAGGAGGUGGCAAAGAAGAGGAAGAAUGCGUCUCGUACAGUUGUUAGCUAUCAGCCUGGAGGCGCUGCUAGCCAGAUAGCUCCAAGGGCUACGAGUUCUGAUGAGAGAGAGGAUGACGAUGAGGCCGAGUUGUCGGAAGGGAACUCAAGUGAAGAAGAGGACGUUGUAUCUGUAGCUGGAUGUUCUCCCAAGGAGGCGAAGGACGAGGACAAGCCCAAUCGUGUCCGCACGAAGUACGAUCGGAUGUUCGAACGCAAGAACCAGAGUAUCCUCUCCGAGCACUACACGAAACUCGUUGACCACUCUGCCGACGCCGAUUCCGAGGACGAGUUUAUCACUCUUAAGAGGGCCGACCAUGAUCUACCAGGCAACAGCGAAAUGCUCGAGUCUGACUUCAUUUCGAAGAGGAAGCUAAAGAUGGCGAACUCGAAGAGGGCACUUGCAAAAUACGGGCCGAAAGGUAAUAAGCUCGUGUUUGACGAUGAAGGUAACCCACACGAGAUCUACGAGAUGAAAGAUGUCGAGGAGGCGUUCGGGGGCGCGGAUGUGAAGGAGGCCAGCAGGAAGUUUGCAGAAGGCGAGAGAGGGAAGAUGAAGGAAGUGGAUCUGCUCGACAAACUCGAUGCGAAGGAGAAGAAACGGGAGAAGAAGCGCAAGCGGAAAGAGCGCGAGAGGGAGGAUCAAUAUGAUGAUGCAGAGGAUACCGGGAUGGGCCCAUGGGCGGCAACAUUGGCUCCCUUCGAUGAGGGUGACGACAGCUAUGUAUCCCCCGACUUCGACCUUCCGUCGUCUUCAGAUGAAGAUGAGUCUCACUCGUUACCGCUGCCGCCCCCAAAGCGCAUGAAGGCCUCGAAGAAGGGAACCAUUGGCCAUGGUGGCGACGUGUCGUUAGAAGAGGAAGAGGAACUGGCUUUGCGUCUUCUGCGUAACCGAUGA